AUCUCGGUUUAGUGGGUUUGAGAGAGCCACUGUUCGGAUUAGGUGGAUCAUGCGCAAGCCAGUGGGCCGCAGAUGACGCUUCCAACAAGGCCACAUGGUCUAACUAGCAGUACGUACGCUGGUUCGAGAGCAACCCUAAUUGCAAGUUGUGGUACGAAGUCAGAGCCGUGGCGCGGGGAAUGCGAGAGGGGCGGUGGGCGCGCAGCUGAGCAGCGACGGCGUGGUGUGCAGCCAGCGGGGGUGUGUCUCUCACCCACCGCGCAUCGGCGUCGUGAGAGUGGCAACUGCAGACUGCUCGUGUAGCAACCCAAUGAUCAUCCGAUUUCGUAGCUAAUGGCGUUCGGACGUAGCUUCCCAGUCUCUCAUCGUCCUAACACGAUUGUAUAUCAUUUUCGCACAAGAAUUUCUUCGCUCGGCAGCGUCCACGUCAGCAUCUAGGGUUGAUGGCCGUUCACGAUACACAUAGCAGCCAGGGGUUUUAAGGGUAAGACUCUCUGCAUUCCUCGCUCCCUCCGCCUCCCCCCUUCUCCCGCCAUGCCGAGCCAAUCCCGGGGGCGGUCCGCCGUCCCAUCCCGCGCGGGCGGGCGCGCGGACGGCCAGUGGGAGGGGCACUGGGACCCGCCCGCCUUCCGGCGAUGGCUGGUGGGGUUCGCGGCGGUGCGGUUCGAUCUGGAGCAGGGGCAGCUGGUGGAGGCGCUGUUCCCCGCGGGCGCGCUGAGCGCGGAGGAGGAGGCGGACGUGGCGUUCUCGUCGUUUCCCGACUCCAUGUCCACCGUGCACAACCGUGCCAGCCUCUAUGAUUGCGUCUUCUUCUUCCGCAUCCGCCGCCGCGGCGUGCCCCCUGCGGACAGCGCUGCGGCGAGCAGUAGCGGCGGCGGCGGCGGCGGCGGCGGAGUUGAUUGCGGCGGGAGUGGCGGUGGCUGCAGCGACGACAAGGCGGAGGGGGAUGGGCGGAGUCCGCUCACCCCGCACUCUCCGCUGCUGCAGCAGCAGCAGGUGCACGUCAGUUUCAGUCGGGGGGCAGCAGGGGGAACAGGGGGAGCAGCGCUGGCGGCCAGUCAGGCGGAGCGGUCCGCCUCGUCCGCGCGGAGGCAGUCCGCGAGCCCGCCGCGGUGGGACCCGGGGACCAAUCGCGCGACGACACCUGGCACGACGCCGCGGCGAGGUAUCAGCGUGGGGCGGGGCGGGGGCGCGGCGGGCGCGGUGGCGGAGAGCAUGAGCGCGCCCGCGUCGUCCCUCACCAGCCCCACCGGGCUCCUCGCUUCCGCCCCCUCCCCCUUCGCGCGCCUGGACAGAUGCGCCACUGAGCCGCUCAAGGGGGGCGAGGCGGGGGAGGAGGGGGAAGUACAAUGGCGCGCUCAGGCGGAGGCAGGCGCGCUGAGACACUCCGCCAGCGCGAGGGGGAGCGCGGGGCUGGCGCAGGGCGCAGGAAGGGAGGAGGAAGUCGCGGUGUACAGGUCAGCUUCUGUGGGGGCGGGGGGGCGGAUGCAGGGGCAGAGUGAAGGGGAGGGCGGAAGAGGGGCAGGGGGAGGGGCGGGGGGAGGAGGAGGCGGAGGCGGAGCAUUGGCGGGGGUGCGGAGCGGGCCGCGGUACUUGUACGGGUUUGUGUUCAACCGGCAGCGGCACGACGAGCGCCUGCCGCGGGGCGGCGAGCAGAAAUCGGUGGUGGUGCUGUCGGCGCGCCCCUUCUCCUCCGCCUUCCGCCGCCUCGCACAGGUCGUUGGGCCGCUCUACUUCGACCGUGGGCCAAUCGCGUUCGUCCAGGUGGCGGCGUGGGUGUCGCUGUGGCCGGCGCCGUACCAAGCGAGCAGCAGCAGCAUCGAGACAACCAGCAGCAGCGGCGGUCGGCGCAGCAGUGUGAUGGAGCUGCCCGUGGGGCCGCGCACCUCGCUGCGCGUGCAGCUGCCGCCCGCCCACACGCUUCCCCCCGCCUCGCACUCCCCCCUGGACGACUUCACCGCCGCCAUGGCGCCCGCCCCUCUCAACACCUCCGCACCGCAGGGCAUUUUCCACGACGCGGACGUGUUUGGCAUCUUCACGGGGGUGGUGGCGCAGCUGUGGGUGCUGUGGGAGCUGCUGCUCAUCGGCGAGCCACUGCUCGUGCUCGCCCCCACGCCCGCGCAGUGCUCCGAGGCCGUGGCGGCGCUCGUGGGGCUCAUCGCGCCGCUGCCGUGCUCGCUGGACUUCCGGCCCUACUUCACCAUCCACGACCCCGACUUCCCCCUGCUCAACGCGCUGCGCGACGGCGACCCCAUCCCGCCCGUGGUGCUGGGCGUGACGAACCUCUUCUUCCUCAAGGCGCUCAAGCACCUCCCCCACGUGCUCUCCAUCGGCCGCCCGCCGCACGGUGGCCACGGCGUGGCGGGCGCCGCGCGGUACGGCGUGGGGGCGGGCGGCAGCCUGCAGCCGAACGGGCAGGUGGCAGUGCGGGAGAGCGUGGCGCGGCUGCCCCAGCAGCAGCAGCAGUCGCCGCUGAGACGACUGGCCACCAGCGGCCUGCUGAGUGUGUUUUCAGCGGGCACGAGAGGCGUGGCGCGCAUGCGGAGGGAGGGCCCACUCUCGCUCAUGGCGGAGCACCGCGAGGCGCUGUGGACCAACCACGUGCCCGCAGUCAAGGCCGACACUGCCGUGCUCAACCGCCUCGUAGACACCUCCACCGCUUUGCACCCCUCCUCCUCCUCCCUCCGCCCCCACCGCUCCGCUUCCUCCGCCUCUGCUGCUGCUGCCUCCCCUGCUGACGUCGGCUCUCUAGCCUCCUCUGCUGCUGCUGCAGGGGUGGCAGCAGGGGCUGGGGGCGGCGGCAUCUCGCUCUCGUCCACGCGCCCCGCCUCCGCCUCCGCCCCCUCCUCCGCCGCCUCGUCCUUCUUCAGCCUCCCCGGCGCCGUCGCCGGGUCGCUGCUGGCAGGCGUGGCGGGGGUGACGGGGCUGGACGACUCGCCUGCUGAUGGCUCCGCCCCAGGAGGGGCAGCAGCAGCGGGGGCGGCGCGGCAGGCGACGUCGAUGGAGACAGUGGCGAUGGUGAACAACGAGAUCCUCAGAAGGCACUUCAUCGAGCUCACCACCAACUUCCUCGCCCCCUUCGGCCCCUUCCUCCGUGCCGCCGCGCCCCCCGAAGACACCUCGCCCUUCUGUGACCCGCCGCCGCUCCUCCCUUUCGACGCCGCGGACUUUCUCGGGCAGCUGGCUGCCCGCGGCCCGGGGAAGUUCCUGGCGAAGAGGCUGCAGGCGGGCAGGUGGCUGGAGGUGUACAGAAGGUUUCUGGAAGGGCCCAACUUCAUGCCGUGGUUCCAGCGGCGGCGCGCCGUGGCGGAGGCGGAGCAGCACCGGCUGUGGCGGGCGGCGCGGCUGAGGGCGGACGCGAGGAAGUUUGUGGAGGGCAUGGGCGAGGGCGAGCUGAUGGAGGCGUUCUCGUGCCUUGCGACGCAGAUGGCGGACGAGCGACAGGCGUGGCGGCGAGCCGGCGAGCCCCCAGCAGUGGGCAAGCUGAGGGGCGACCUGCGAGUGGUCUUCUCCCACAUGCCCCCCGCCAUGCAGCACCUGCUGCUGCUCUCCCCCACCCAUGCCGCCGCCCUCCAACUGCCGCCCUCCGCCACCCACGCUGCUGAUGCCGCUGGGCGGAGUUCUUCGGCCUUUUCCCGAGAUUCAGCUGGUGCUGAGUCAGCAGAUGCCAGUGGAGGAACGCAGGGAUCAGAAGGUUCUGUUGAGAUGGAGCCAGGUGCAGCAGCUUCAGGUGGUCCGUCGGGUGAUUCGCCAGGUGCCGUGGGUGGCAGCAGUGGUCAGAGUGGGACGGCGGAGAUGGUGGAGGCAGCGCAGCACCUCUCAGCGCUCGUGGCCAAUCUCAGCCUGCCACCUGUCAUCGCCGUCAACGGCGAGUCAGAGAAGCUGGCCCGAGCCCGGUCCGACGUCUCCAGCCCUCCCCGGGCCUCCGGUGCAGGCUUGGCCCGAACCUCAAGCGGCGCUUCUCCCCGGACAGCUGGGAUUAGCUCUGGCGGGGACACGUGGGCAGGAAACAGCAGCAGCAGCACCAGAAGCAGCAGCACGGCCAACCCUAUGACCACCACCAGCAGCAGCACGUCGCGGCCCGUGUCGGCGGCCACGAGUCCGCGCUUCGCCUUCUCCCCCGUGGUGCCCUUUGGCCGCCGCCCUGGGCUCUCCGUGGGCCCCACGCCGCCGCGCCUCUCCGCCUCCGCCCCGGGCACGCCCCUGCACCUCGCCCCCGGGGGCUACUACCUCCACACCCGCCCCUCCCACGGCCGCAGCUUCGGACCGAGGCAAGACGGCAGAUACGGGAGUGCAGGGCUGGGAGGGGAGAGCGGGGGCGAGCGGGUGAGUGCGACUGCUAGCAUGGGGAGGAGCAGGCGGGGGGAGGGGAGGCGGGGGGAGGGGAGGCGGGGGGGAGAGUGGUGCGCACAGCAACGGAGCCGGCCAUGCCCACCGCCUACCACCCCCUGGCCUGACCGCUGGCCUGCUGCUAGCCCCGCCAUUGGGGGGGAGAGCCCAAGACUAGCCCGACCCACAGUAGUGCUGGGGGGGGUACAUUUAUUGGUUUGGAGCUGGCGAGUGGAGCGGAGAGGAGAGUGACCCUGUGGUGCAAGAGGGGUGCACACUGAUGGGGAUGGUGCGCGCUGGCCAACAGUGAUGGGGAUGGUGCGCGCUGGCCAACUGUGCGACCCCAGGAGCGGAAGAGGCAGAGCAGAGGCAAUGAUGCACUUACACACACGCCAGGUUGGCAGUCGGUCGUCGGCCCCAUGCGUGGUGGCGGGCGCCACAGCGUGCCUCGGGAGUCAGGAGGCGCUGCCCUGGAUGGCAUCGAGCCAAGGAGGAGGGAGGGCAUUCCUUGUUGCGUGCCUCGUGCAUUCGUAGGCGACUAAUUUAGCUCCGCGUGGUGAAGUCAAUUGCACUGUUUCUAUCAUGCGGUUGCAACGAAGGUGCCAUGCAUGCAUGCAUGCCUUUCUAAAGCCUCCCAUGUGCACUCCACCGUAAACGCCCGGAUAGAAGACCCCCAUGGAAUAGAAGACACCAUGUCUUGUAUUAGGCGUUUAUAAGACACACUUUUUAAGUCAGUAUGAGACCCAAGUG